AGUUACUGUUAAUUCAGCAGCGGGCAGCAGCAGCUACAGCGUCUGUGGAGCAGAGCUGAGCUGAGCUGAGCACUAACCCGUGGAGCCAAGUCCAAGAAAGGUGGAGACUCCUGGUCAACUUCCUGCACAAUAAUCUUGAAGCACCACCAAGAGAGAAGUAGGGAGGCUGGCCCUGCUGCUGCUUCUGCUGCUGCUGCUCCCGCUGCUGGGGCGAAGACGAAUGGAUAUACGGCUCAUUCGACUACUUUAAAGGCAGAGCAUCGACACCUUGAGGGUGAUUUACUGUACUCAGCUACCUGGCUAGUCACUAGCUAGCAUCGGUGCUGCUGGAUAACACACUCCCAGCAUUUGGUGGCGAGGCGUUGCGAAGGGCAGGAAUGGAGGUCAUAGUGGAGUACGAGUAUGAGGCGGUCCACGAGGAUGAGCUGACCCUGCGACUUGGCGACAUCAUCAAGAAUGUGAGGUACAUCGAGGAGGACGGCUGGAUGGAGGGCGACCUCAACGGGAAACGGGGACUCUUUCCUGACAACUUUGUGAAGGAGAUAAAAAAGGAAUCUAAAGAGGUCAAGGAAACAAAGACUGAGCCAAAAGAAGAGACCUACCAGGCUCAGAGGAGAGAGAAGAGCGCCGGAAAUGUUGCCAACCUGGUUCAGAGGAUGAGCACCAUCGGCAUCCCCACUGGGGGCUUCCAGCCUCAGCCACCAGCAGCUUCAAAAAAGCCCAAGAGGAGACAGUGCAAGGCGCUGUUUGAUUAUCAGCCGCAGAAUGAAGACGAACUGGAGCUGAAAACCGGAGACAUCAUAGACAUCCUCGAGGAGGUUGAAGAGGGCUGGUGGAGUGGCAGCUUUAACGGCAAGUCAGGUCUCUUCCCCUCCAACUUUGUCAAAGAGCUGGACGCCAUGGGAGAGGACGGAGACACCGUGGACACCACACCGGACGAGACAGAUGGAAGUGCAGUGGAAAGCACUGGCGCCCCCACAUCACCUCAGGCCACCUCAGGGAACGGAGUUAUUGCUCAGCCCAAGAAGAUCCGAGGUGUCGGCUUCGGAGACAUUUUCCGCGAAGGGUCAGUCAAGCUUAGGGCCCGCCUGCCCAGCCCCGACUCAGAGGAAAAGAAGGAUAAACCAGUCCCAUCAUUACCAUCUGCUGCAAAGCCCGCCCAUCCCACCAUGACAGACUUGCAGAGAGCAGACGGAGACAGCAAAAACAAAGCUAAAGAAUACUGCAAGGCCGUGUUUGGCUUCGAGGCCACAAACGAGGACGAGCUGAGUCUGAAAGAUGGCGACAUCAUCCAAGUACUGAGCAAGGACACAGGAGAACCUGGCUGGUGGCGAGGGGAGCUGAGCGGUAAACAGGGCGUCUUUCCCGACAACUUUGUGACCAUCGUUUCUGAAGCAGAGAAAGAGUCUUCGACGUCGAGAGGGUCACUGAAGUUAUCACCCAAGCAGGAGCCGGAAGAGAAACCAAAGAAGCCUCCUCCGCCGUCAAAAAGCAUAGCUCCCAAACCUGAGGUUCCCAGUGCCGACAAGAAGCCUCAUCACAUCAGGGCAGAGGACAGAGUUGACAGACCGACACCAGAUCACAGACCACUUAAGCCUGCAGGGCCCGUGGUCCCACCCAAGAAGCCAAUCCCCCCUCCAGGGAAAAUCCGACAGGGCAGUUUCCCGCCAAAGAGGCCCGACAAGCCUCUCACUCCCUCACCGAACCUCAAACACAAUGGAGAGCUGCCUUCCAUGCGACCAAAGUCCGACUUUGAGCCAUUAUUGCCCACCAAACCCAAAACGCUGUCUGGUGACUGGGGGGAGAAGUCCUCAGAUAUGGCCGAUCUGAUGAGUUUUGAUGACUUGUCAUCUACCUCAGAGAAGCUCUCGCACCCCACUGUGAACAGACCAAAGAUGCCCGGCAGGAGGCUGCCCGCCCAGUUCGGUGGAGGAAAUUCGCCAAACAAGGAAGUAAGUGUGGAGAAAUCCUUCAAGGUGGAUGAAGAGGAUGCAGCCAAACCAAAGCUGACAGACUCCAGAAAGACACAGCCUGCAACACACAGCAUAUCCCACUCGGUGUCUUUCCACAAGCCCACCGCGGCCAGCACGGAGGCUGAGCCGACCCCCACAGUGGCAGCGGUUCCGAGCUCCAACAGUGCCUCCCAGAACACCCGGGGCCGACUGGAGCCAGAGGAGCCGAGUUCCAACCUGGAUGAGCUGAGGAGCCAGAUGAAGGAUCUGCUGAUGACCGUGGAGCUGCUCAAGGCCCAGCAAACGAAAGAAAUAUUGGAGCUACGGCGAGAGCUGGACGAGGAGAGGAUAAAGCGAGUGACCCUGCAGAUGGAGAUAGAAAAGCUCAAGCGGGCCGUCCACUUGACGUGAAGCUCCCGCUGCAGUCCACAGCAGAGCCUCGGGGGUCAGCCGCCCAGGCCUGUCGACCAACCAGAGAGCAGGUGGUGCGGCGACGGGCGGCGGCGGAUGGAGAGAGGGUGGGGAAUCAUCCACAAAUCAUCCACCUUGAGCACGUUCUUCUUUUUUCUUCUUUUUUUUUUUUCUUUUUUCCUCUGAUCUACAAUAAUAAACUCUCCCCCAUAUUUGUAAGAUUUACAUUUUGCACAUAUAUUUUUUUAUUUUUUUUUCAAGCUAGAUGUAAUUAAGUUACAGAUGUAUAUGUUUCUUUUCUUCUUUUUUUUUUUUUUUUCUCUUUGCCAACACAAGAAACCUGAGGCCUUACUUCAAACUACUACUGCGCUGGACUUGUAACUCUUCCACUCACACUCUCUCCCUUUCACUCCAGCGUUCCUCCAGGAAGAGGUUCACUCUCAGUACUACUGACUUUAUGUAAAGCAGGGGGCGCUUUUUUUUUUGUUUUUUCUUUCUUCGACUUCUUCAUAUUCUUUGUCCAGCCUUUUCUGUUUUGUUUUUUUUUUUGGUUUCACAAUGCAGUUGAUUUUAAAAGCAUCAAGGAAAGUGCUCAAUUUCAGUUAACAACCCUUGAUCUUCAAGGUCAAAUCAUUUUUCUUUGUAACAUGGCGCCUGUCAGCCACACUAGUCCACUCCAUAGCUUCAGAGAAAGAGAGAGAGUCUUGCUUUUUGUGUAUUGUUUUUCUUUGUCUUUUAUACGUUUUCUAGCAUUCCUAUCCAGGGUAACACUACUGUGCCUGUUUAAAAAAGAAAAUUCUAGUACGUGUUUGUAUUGGGAGCUUACAUUUACUACGAUGGUGUCUGGAAUAUCUUAAGCAUGAUAUUGUACAUCUCUAUUUUUUAAAUCUACUGACAUGCCUAAAGUCAUAUACUAUAUAGAGGGCCUCGUCUACGCUGCUCUCUUCUAUUUUUGUGAGGGUUGCGUCUGCUCCACCCACUGGGAAACUUUUUUUCCACAGCUUAAAACCAGAGAAAUCUGCAGCUGAUGCAGAUAAAGCUCAAAGGAAAAGAGUAUAGGAGGAUGGAAUUGUGUUCUUCCAUUAAUGUGGUUUGGCAAACAACAAUGGAAAGGUCGUCCCUCUGAGCCCCUCCGCGGUCCAUUCUACCUCUUAUUCUCCUGUCAAAUCAGCAAAAUCAGAGCGCAGUCUUGUCCUUCUGCCCUGUAAUGUCUUAUGCAUGAGUCUGCACAGUUCUCCUGUCUUCAUCGUACAUGCAGCCGCCUGUAUGCAACUGGAACUGGAAGCGCACAUUGAGUGUCGGAGAUAACAUGAAAUGAACAUAUAGUUUCCUAAUUCUAAUAGUUAUGAAAUCCCCCAUUUGUAUAGCAUUGUUGGUAUGCAAGCAUAUGUAUGGAAUUAUAUAUAUUAACCUUCAACACACCGAUGCCUGUCAAAAUGUAUUUUAGCCACGUUGGCAUCACAGCUGUAGGUCAGUUCUUUGCUUUAGAACGUGCCGUUAAUACACGGACGCAUGACAAAUCAAGAGAAACGGCGACACAAAGUGUCUUAAAGGUCCACUGUGUAACAUUUAGGAGAGUAAAUUAAAUAGAGUACCCAUAAGUUUGUAUGUAUGAGUGUAUAAUCGCUUUUAAAGAAAACAGUGUUUGGAUUUCCAAGCCCUAGAAGAAGCCUUUUAUACGUACUUAACGCAAGGGAAGGGCCCUUCCUUUACAGAGGCAGCCAUUUUGCACCACUGCCUUAACACAAACAUCAGCCGUUUCGUGUUUUGAAUCUGAAUUUUACGCCGCAAAAAAAAGGAAGGUCUUUCUUUCUGGUAUAUGAAGGCCACCGUAGUUCCCCAACGUGCUUAGCGCGAUGAGAUGUCAUUAUUUCUUACACGCUGGAUCUUUGAAGGGCUAGUUUGUGAUUUUAGCGGGGGCUUAUAUGAGGUACUGCGUUACACACAGCUGACUGGACUCUGUAUUCCUGUGCCCAAACACGGCCAAAUGUUUUGCCUUAAACUCUCCUUUGUGACGCUGUAAUGGUGAUAGCAAAACGUUGCGUCACAUUUAUAUUGUUUCUCCUGUAAAUCUUGCUUUCACCAUGUUUUUCAAUUUGCCAGUGACCUUGGCAGAAAUCACCCAAUUUACGGCACAAAGUACUGCAUUAGAGAACCACAUUUUUUUCCACUUAGUAAUGUCUUUCUACCACAGUGUCAUUACAGCAUGUCUUUAUACCAAAAGGCUCCGUUAAUACAGUUUGCAUCAAUGUGUCCACUGAGGAAAAGCUGUGGUUUUACUUAGUAGAACAUAAACAUUUAUGGUCCACGUCGCCAAGUAUAGUUCAAAUUCAGAUUUACUAUGGGACACGAAUUUAGUGAUGGAGGCAGCAGCAACACCUUUGUGUGGCCGAGGCACCGACUUUGUCCAAGUAACUUACACAACCCCACUUGUGAACUUUCACAAGUCACUGAGCAGCUUAGUGCAUCAUUGCCACGGCUCUAACAAGUCUCUGCACUCCAGAGGUGUGAACACUCUGCUCCUGACUCGUUAGCCCCUCACUUGGUGUUUUGAUAAGCGUCGACUGACACCUCGCUCCAGUCAUCCAGCGGUUCCCCAACCCCAUCGAGUUUGUUAGACAUUAGGCCACACCCAGCAGUGAUGUCACAGUGUCGUCACAACCUUACAUCAUUCCAUUAACAUGGUACUUUUAACGGUUUAAGAAAAGAGAAUUCAGUCGAAAGUGCCACAAUAUUUCACGCUAUUACUUGAAUAAAGGUCCAGUGUGUAAUGUUAAGUAGAGUUUAUUGGUUGAAAUAGAUGAUUUGUCACUUUAAAAUGGUCUUUGUAGCCUUAAAAUAAAAAUCUCGAUAAGGUCCUUUUCUUAUUUUUUUUGUUCUUAAAGUUUUCCGUAAAAAAAAAAUGUCUUCAUACACCCAAAAGAAAACUGUAAACGCUGUAGUGUAUAUGCCAGGCCUGUAUGUGGCGCUACAAUGGAGCCAUCAACAAUGCAUGGUGUCUUCAUAAAGCUAGUGGGGUUACGUUUUAGGUUAGAGAGGUGGGUUAUGACAUCAUCGCUCCCCCAAAUUUGUGUAUUAGAUAGACGCAAGGGAAACGCAAGGGAUUUGGACAUGUUUCCCACAUUUUAGGGCUCCGAAAACAUCCCAUAACAUCACUUCCAUGUGGGCAAAAUGUUACACACUGGACCAUUAACAUGUCUUUGGAGUAUGUUCCCGUUUCGAUCGAAAUACAGACUUAAGGUUCAAGACAUCCGCUCGUCAACGGAAAACAAGUCUUCAUGUACAGUACCUCAUCCCACAUUCCAUUCUUUUCUUUUUUUUCUUUUCUGAAGUAUAUCGUCUCACCUGAGGCGUUCGCGGUCGUCAUGUUCGGUCCGCAGAGUUGUCACAUGGACCGCAGUGAACUCGCUGACUCUGAAUUGGCCUUAACCGCAUGAUGCUGUAUUUUGCUUUCUCUCCUCGUCGGCACAAAAUUACUGUCCCGCACUCUUUAUUACUCAAACAUCUGGAUUCUGAACCACUGCUGGAAUGACGUUUGGCAAUGGAAGAUGCAAGUUACUCUGACAUGUAGCCCUCUGCUGAAGAAUAGACUGUAAAUGAAAAUGGACACAAAGUACAAAACAUUUUGUAGCCUUCGCCUGCCACAAGGCAUUUAUUGGACGAUACCAGCUGUCGAUCACAGUGGUGUCCGCCCUCAUGUGUCUGAUCUCCUUUAAAUCGGAAAAAAAUAUUUUUACAAAGUCGACAUAACAAUUGAGACCCAUCAACCCAUCAGAAUUCAGACUUGCAACCAGUGGAGUCGCCCCCUUGUGGCUGGAGGACUUUGUCUGUCUUUAUAUGCAGUCAAUGAUGCUUUUGAGGAACGUGUACAGCACCGUCUUGAACUCCCGUGGUCCUCAGUGCGGAGGUUCUGGACAUGUCGUGGUUUUCCACUGUUUUUGCUAUGCAACACAAAUCCGGUUUCCUGUCGAGUCACACAUGUCUUAAAGGAGCGUCACUUUGAAUCCUCCUCAUGUCCAAACUCAGUGUGUGUUUGAUUCUCUUUGCUGGUGUCUGAUCACAAACAUAAAGUGAGUCCUGGACUCCAGUCUGUUGUUUUGUUUUUUUUUGACUAAGUCGAUACUGUAUAUCUGACCUGACGACGCUCGCGCGCCCUGUGUAAAAAAUAAAUGUUCUAACUCUGGGUAAAUACAUAAUUACAUUGUGGUAUAGAUGAACUUUGGGACAAGGGGCCUUGUGUAUUAUCUGUAAUGCAGCUUCACUUCCACAUGAUAUUGUACAUUCCACAAUUUGACAGACAAAAACAACUAAAUCUGUGCACAUUUAUAACAUAUUUUCCAAGUGAUUUUUGUUUACAUGAGCUGUAUCCUUGCAUGAGCUGAGAUUCUUUCCAAAAAAAAAAGAAUAAAUAUCAUCUUUAUUUACUGUCA